AUGGGGAAAAAUAAGUUCUAUUUGUCCUUAUUAUUUAAUUAUUGUUAUACCGCUACUGAGCUUGUGGAGCUUUUAAAGGAGGAAUUUGGAUAUGACGAGGCAUUCAACUACCACAAGGAGACAGAUUUUGAUGCUGCUUUAACAAAGUACUGCCCUAACGGCAUAGAUAUUUACUUUGACAAUGUUGGUGGGAAGAUGCUAGAGGCCGUCCUCAACCACGUCAACCAAUAUGCUCGUAUUCCUCUUUGUGGUAUGAUUUCUGUUUAUAACACGGUUUGGACAGAGAGAAAAGGGGCGAGGAACCUACUAAACAUGGUGGGUAAAGAAGUGACGAUGAAAGGGUUUUUGGUGGGUUCAUACUUGAACCGGUUUGGGGACUUUGUGAAGGAGAUGGAAGGAUACUUAAAAGAGGGAAAGGUUAACUCCAAGCGCAAGGUUUAUAAUGGGAUAGAGAGCUUCCAGGAGUGCUUUGCCUCCAUCUUCACCAGCUCCAACAUUGGAAAAGUUGUCAUUCAAAUGACCGGAAACAAAGCAAUAUGGCAAGAAGCUGAAAUAACGUCCCCGAGAACGAACUAUCCUGAUUGA